GUUUCGGAGAAGAACCAGUGGGGAGAGAUUGUCGAGGAGUUCAACUUUCCCAGAAGUUGCUCUAACGCUGCCUUUGCUUUAAAACAGUAUUACUUGCGUUACCUAGAAAAGUACGAGAAAGUUCAUCAUUUUGGGGAGGAUGAUGAUGAAGUACCACCUGGCAACCCAAAGCCACAGCUUCCUAUUGGUGCAAUUCCAUCUUCCUACAAUUACCAGCAACACAGCGUGUCAGAUUAUCUGCGGCAAAGUUAUGGGCUAUCUAUGGACUUCAAUUCGCCAAAUGAUUAUAAUAAAUUGGUGCUCUCACUGCUAUCUGGACUCCCGAAUGAAGUGGACUUCGCUAUUAAUGUGUGCACUCUGCUGUCAAACGAAAGCAAGCACGUCAUGCAACUUGAGAAAGACCCGAAAAUCAUCACUUUAUUACUUGCAAAUGCCGGGGUGUUCGAUGACACAUUAGGAUCCUUUUCUACUGUAUUUGGGGAAGAAUGGAAGGAGAAGACUGAUAGAGAUUUUGUGAAGUUUUGGAAAGACAUUGUUGAUGAUAACGAAGUCCGUGACCUCAUUUCCGACAGGAACAAGUCUCAUGAAGGUACAUCAGGAGAAUGGAUUUGGGAAUCCUUAUUUCAUCCACCUCGAAAGCUGGGCAUUAAUGAUAUUGAAGGACAGCGGGUACUUCAGAUCGCAGUGAUUUUGCGAAAUCUUUCCUUUGAGGAGGGCAAUGUGAAGCUCUUGGCAGCUAAUCGUACCUGUCUUCGUUUCCUGUUACUUUCAGCACAUAGUCAUUUUAUUUCUUUAAGGCAGUUAGGCCUUGAUACAUUAGGAAAUAUUGCAGCUGAGCUCUUAUUGGACCCUGUUGAUUUCAAAACCACUCAUCUGAUGUUUCAUACUGUUACAAAAUGCCUGAUGUCAAGGGAUAGAUUUUUAAAAAUGAGGGGCAUGGAAAUUUUGGGAAAUCUUUGCAAAGCAGAAGAUAAUGGUGUUUUAAUUUGUGAAUAUGUGGAUCAAGAUUCAUACAGAGAGAUCAUUUGUCAUCUCACCUUACCUGACGUGCUGCUCGUGAUUUCAACACUCGAGGUGCUAUACAUGCUCACUGAGAUGGGAGACGUGGCUUGCACAAAGAUCGCGAAAGUAGAGAAGAGUAUAGACAUGCUAGUCUGUCUGGUUUCUAUGGAUAUUCAGAUGUUUGGCGCUGAUGCACUAGCUGCAGUAAAACUUGUCGAACAUCCAAGUUCAGCUCAUCAGGUUUCAUCUGAAAUCAGGCCACAAGCUAUAGAGCAAGUCCAGACCCAGACCCAUGUAGCAUCUGCCCCAGCUUCCAGAACAGUUGUAGCUCAGCACGUUGCUCCACCUCCAGGAAUAGUGGAAAUAGAUAGUGAGAAGUUUGCUUGUCAGUGGCUAAAUGCUCAUUUUGAAGUAAAUCCAGAUUGCUCUGUCUCUCGAGCAGAGAUGUAUUCUGAGUACCUCUCAACUUGUAGUAAAUUAGCUCGCGGUGGGAUCCUCACGUCUACUGGAUUUUAUAAAUGCCUUCGAACAGUCUUUCCAAAUCAUACAGUGAAGAGAGUGGAGGAUGCCAGCAGCAGCGGGCAGGCGCACAUUCACGUGGUCGGGGUGAAGCGGAGGGCCAUACCACUCCCCAUUCAGAUGUACUAUCAGCAGCAGCCGGUCUCUGCUCCUGCUGUGCGUGUCGAUUCUGUACCUGAUGUGUCUCCGGCUCCUUCGCCGGCAGGAAUUCCUCUUGGAUCACAGACUGUAGGAAAUCAUUUUCAGAGGACUCCUGUUACCAACCAAUCUUCAAAUUUGACUGCAACACAAAUGUCUUUUCCAGUACAAGGUAUCCAUACUGUGGCACAGACUGUUUCAAGAAUUCCUCCAAAUCCUUCAGUUCAUACCCACCAGCAGCAAAAUGCUCCAGUGACCGUCAUUCAAAAUAAAGCUCCAGUUCCUUGUGAAGUUGUAAAAACUACAGUAAUACAGAAUUCUAUAGCCCAGACAGCUGUUCCCGUUAGUAUUGCUGUUGGAGGAGGACCUGCUCAGAGUUCUGUGGUUCAGAACCAUAGUACAGGCCCACAGCCCGUCACAGUUGUGAAUUCUCAGACACUGCUUCACCAUCCAUCUGUAAUUCCACAGCCGUCUCCAUUACACACGGUGGUACCGGGACAGAUUCCUUCAGGCACUCCUGUCACGGUCAUUCAGCAGGCUGUCCCACAGAGUCAUGUAUUUGGCAGAGUACAGAACAUACCAGCUUGUACUUCUACAGUUUCACAGGGUCAACAACUAAUCCCCACCUCGCCCCAGCCUGUGCAAGCUUCAUCUCAGCAGACGUCAGCGGGUAGCCAGCCACAAGACACUGUGAUCAUAGCUCCCCCACAGUAUGUAACGACCUCUGCGUCCAAUAUUGUCUCAGCAACUUCAGUGCAGAAUUUUCAGGUAGCUGCAGGACAGAUGGUUACCAUUGCUGGUGUCCCGAGCCCACAGCCCUCCCGAGUAGGGUUUCAGAACAUUGCCCCGAAGCCUCUCCCUGCUCAGCAAGUCUCAUCAGCAGUGGUACAGCAGCCUAUCCAACAGCCGCAGCAGCCAGCCCAACAGAGUGUCGUGAUUGUAAGCCAGCCGGCUCAACAAGGUCAGCCCUACGCACCAGCCAUUCACCAGAUUGUUCUUGCUAACCCAGCAGCUCUUCCAGCUGGCCAGACAGUUCAGCUAACUGGACAACCAAACAUAACUCCGUCGUCUUCACCAUCGCCUGCCCCAGCUACCAGUAACCAAGUCCCUACCGCCAUGCCGUCUUCUUCCACCCCUCAGCCCCAGGGACCACCUCCUACUGUCAGUCAGAUGCUGUCUGUGAAAAGGCAGCAGCAGCAGCAGCAUUCACCAGCACCCCCGCCACACCAGGUACAGGUACAGGUUCAGCAGUCCCAGCAAGUACAGAUGCAGGCUCAGCCUCCGCCAGCAGGUGCAGGAGUUGGUCCGCCUGCUUCUGGUGAGUCAAGCCUCAUAAAACAGUUGCUGCUUCCAAAGCGUGGUCCUUCAACCCCAGGUGGUAAGCUUAUUCUCCCCGCUCCACAGAUUCCUCCCCCUAACAAUGCAAGGGCUCCUAGCCCUCAGGUGGUCUAUCAGGUGGCCAAUAACCAAACAGCUGGUUUUGGUGUGCAAGCGCAGACUCCACCUCAGCAGCUCUUGGUUGGGCAGCAAAAUGUUCAGUUGGUCCAAAGUGCAAUGCCACCCACGGGGGGAGUGCAAACUGUGCCCAUCUCGAACUUACAAAUAUUACCAGGCCCACUGAUCUCAAACAGCCCAGCAACCAUUUUCCAGGGGACGUCUGGGAACCAGGUAACCAUAACAGUUGUGCCAAAUACAAGUUUUGCAACUGCAACUGUGAGUCAGGGAAGCGCAGCUCAGCUCAUCGCUCCAGCAGGGAUCGCUAUGAGCGGGACGCAGGCAGGAGUGGGACUGCAGGUGCAAACCCUUCCAGCCUCUCAGACUUCUCCAGCUGGACAAUCAUCAUGCACUGCUACUCCCCCGUUCAAAGGUGAUAAAAUAAUUUGCCAAAAGGAGGAGGAAGCAAAGGAAGCAACAGGUUUACAUGUUCACGAACGUAAAAUCGAAGUGAUGGAGAACCCUUCCUGUCGACGUGGACCUACGAACACCAGCAAUGGGGAUACCAAGGAAAGUGAAUUGCAGAUGGGCAGUCUCUUGAAUGGGAGAAAGUACAGUGACUCAAGUCUACCUCCGACAAACUCAGGGAAAAGUGAGGCUAAUCAGUGCUCACUAAUCAGUAAUGGGCCAUCGCUAGAAUUAGGUGAGAAUGGAUCUUCUGGAAAACAGAACUCAGAACAAAUGGACAUGCAGGACGUCAAAAGUGAUUUGAAAAAACCCUUAGUGAAUGGAAUCUGUGAUUUUGAUAAAGGAGAUGGUUCUCAUUUAAGCAAAAACAUUCCAAAUCACAAAACUUCCAAUCAUGUAGGAAAUGGUGAGAUAUCCCCGGUGGAGCCACAAGGGACUUUGGGUGCCACUCAGCAAGGCACUGCCAAAGGUGACCAACUAGAGAGGGUCUCUAACGGACCUGUGCUAGCUUUGGGGGGCUCGCCGUCCGUGUGCAGUGUGCAGGAGGCUUCAAACACGACAGUGCAGCAGUUUAGUGGUACUGAUUUGCCUAACGGACCUCUAGCUUCAAGUUUGAAUUCAGAUGUGCCUCAGCAACGCCCAAGUGUAGUUGUCUCACCGCAUUCUACAACCUCUGUUAUACAGGGGCAUCAAAUCAUAGCAGUUUCCCACUCAGGAUCAAGAGUUUCCCAUUCUCCUGCCCUAUCCUCUGAUGUUCGGUCUGCAAAUGGCACAGCAGAAUGCAAAACUGUAAAGAGGCCAGCAGAGGAUACUGAUAGGGAAGCAGUCACAGGAAUUCCAAAUAAAGUAGGAGUCCGAAUUGUUACAAUCAGUGACCCCAACAAUGCCGGCUGCAGUGCAACGAUGGUCGCGGUGCCGGCGGGAGCCGACCCGAGCACGGUAGCUAAAGUAGCAAUAGAGAGUGCCGUUCAGCGCAAGCAGCAGCACGCGCCCGCCUACGUGCCGAGCGUGGUCCCGCAGAACACCCCUCUGCCUCCGCCAGCCGUGCAGGCGCAGGGCCCGCCCAGCAGUCCGCAGCCCGCCCCGCCCAGCGCGCCCAGCCCGCCUGCGGACGCCGUGAGGAAGCCUGGCCAGAACUUCAUGUGUCUGUGGCAGUCUUGUAAAAAGUGGUUUCAGACCCCCUCACAGGUUUUCUACCAUGCAGCUACUGAACAUGGAGGGAAGGAUGUGUAUCCAGGGCAGUGUCUUUGGGAAGGUUGUGAGCCUUUUCAGCGGCAGAGGUUUUCUUUCAUUACACACUUACAGGAUAAGCACUGUUCAAAGGAUGCCCUGCUUGCAGGAUUAAAACAAGACGAACCAGGACAAGCAGGAAAUCAGAAAUCUUCUACUAGGCAGCCAGCUGCGGCGGGCACCAGCUCCACUCCUCGAGCGCAGAAGGCCAUUGUGAACCACCCCAGCGCCGCGCUCAUGGCUCUCAGGAGAGGCUCGAGGAACCUUGUCUUUCGAGAUUUCACAGAUGAAAAAGAGGGACCAAUAACUAAACACAUCCGACUAACAGCUGCCUUAAUAUUAAAAAACAUUGGUAAAUACUCAGAAUGUGGUCGCAGGUUGUUGAAGAGACACGAGAACAACUUGUCAGUGCUCGCCAUUAGCAGCAUGGAAGCUUCGUCCACCCUCGCCAAAUGCCUUUACGAACUGAACUUCACGGUUCAGAGCAGAGAGCAGGACGCGGAACCGCUGCAGUGAGCGCGGCCGCCCCGCGGGGCCGGACGUCGGACACACCUCACGCGCUGUCACCGCGGACGCAGGCCGCGAGGAGUUCCUUGUCUCCCCGGGGAUGCUGAGAGGAAGCUUCGCAUUCUGAUCUCUGGACGAAUCCCUUUGCUCUGUUUUAAAAAAUCUUACAAAGAAAAAAAACUGCUGUGGGAUUGUCAACCAGCGUAUCUGCAGGAUGUCUCGGAUCGGACAAAUCCUGAUGGAAACUGGUGUGAUCAGAAUUCAGUACCAUCCACAUUGGAAUAGACAUGGAUAUUGUAAAACCUACAUGAGCAGAUGAAAUAGAAGCAUUAAAUAUUUUUAUCUAUAUCCAAAAGGAGCACAUUUUUAUAUUUACAAAACCGUUUAAGCUGGUUUGAAUAAUUAAAAGAAGUUUCAGCACACCUAUACCCCCGUCUCAGAGGGGCCACCAAUCUCUAGCUAUGGAUUGUGUGUUUUGUUUAGAAAUCAGUAGCUUGGUUUUCUUACUUGAGCCAAUAUAUUUUCACUUAUUUAUUAUCAUAAAAAUUUACCAGUCUGAAUAGAUCUUGUAAAUACUUGUGAAUAGAAGGAACACUUUCAUGCCACUGCAGCCACUGGAAACACACUGUGUGGUGUCCUAGAAGCAUUACUGGUAGCUCUACAGUUUUCUAGACUUGCGUCAAUUGUAAGUAAUUGUGACAUAUCCCGCGCAGUGGAGGGGUGUUCUUGACCUGUGUGUAAAUACUUCUGCAAAGGUACCGACGCUGUAAAGUCAGAACAGUUUUGUGGAACUGUGAUUUUUUUUUUUUUUUUCAUUUUUCUCCUUUUUUCUUGUAUUAUACACCUUGUAGAACUCAUUUGCUGGCUGAAAGAGUAUGGAAUAAUAUAUCUCAUGUCAUUUUUGUAGAAGAAAAACUAUUUGAAGGUAUUUUUUGGUUUUCCCUAACAUGUAUCCACUGUAAACGUUUGUCAUGUGCAAGCUCAGAGCUUGGACAGAAUUUUUUGUAUUUGUAAAUUGGUUUAAAUACAUGGAGUUUUAUACAGGUUUUCUCCUGUGUUAUAUAUGCAUUAUGUGCAGGUAUGAUAUUUUCUUCACUACUUUUUCUAUCUUAAUAUAGUGUGGGAUUUUACUGUAUUAUUCUUCCAUUCUUAAUACUGUACCACAUUCCUGCUCAGAAACUGCUCACUUCCUCAGACUGUCUUUCCCGAAGUGAAAUGUACCCAUUUAUAACUGCCUAUUGCCUGUUCUCUUAGCAUCCAAAAACGUGGAGGCCUCCCAAGCACCAUCUCUGCUGUGUCCUUAGGGUGUGCAGUAAGAAAUAUAGAGCUAACAGUUUAUGUUAUAGAAUGGCUUUAUUUACUUUGGUGACUGUUUAUAGUUUUUAAAUAAAAGACUGAACAUUUUCUUGA